GAAAACUUCGAUCGACGACAACCAGUCAUUGCUCACCCUCCUUCGUAUAUAUCUGACGUAUCCCACCGUCUGAUUUUCGUCUUCCUUCCAUCUCAUCUUUUGCCCCAUCUUCCGUCUUUUUAUCUCCUACCAUCAUCUUCCUCAAGCGACGCAAACGCAGAAAGACGCAUACGAAGGCGAAUAUACACCAAACUGGAUUCACUACAUACUCCGAAAAUUCACUCGGAGUUGGUUUUGUGCUCUCUGAGGGCAUGGCUCAGACUGAGAGCAACACAUUGGCGAGGCUGAGGUUGGACACGUCGUUUGGACGGACACACGAUCUCGGGUGGCGGAAUGAAAAUGAGAACAGAGUACGGGAUCAUGGCGACGGUAUCGAGGGCGAUCAUACCAACAAGUUCUACGAUUUUGACACGCCCCGUUGCGGUACUGAUGAAGACAAUAGUGCGAUGAAUGGCCUACAUUCAGCGACCCCUCCUAUUUCAGUACCCCGCCAUGAGGAACUUCCAAACGAAGAUCUCAGUUAUCCGCACAAACCAGAUGAUGUUCGUGCCUCACCUCUCGAGAGCUUCAUCCAGAAUCGGAGUCCAUCCUUCAAUUUCGACCAUAAUGCCAGUUGCGAUAGCGCCCAGCAGGAGCCGCUGGGAGAACCUUUGCCGAAACGCAAUACUAGUAUUAGAAAUUUUCAGCGCUUCCAACCACGAAGCUCAGGGUUGAGGAACGCUUUGUCGCAAGAGGAUGAUGAAGCAUCCCAGCCAAAGUACCCAACCUGGGGUUCCAGCCCCAGAAGGUAUCAAAGCCAGCGGGCUUUUCCAGGGAGCCCUCGUGCUGCAUUUCCGACUAGUCCAAACUACGAUCUACCGGCAAAUUCUAAUUCCCUGACGUCAGUGUCUACUGCGUCACCUAUUGCUGAGGAACUGCGAACUCCCCCGGAAGGAUUCAGGGGGAUGCCGUCGCCUUUUUGCAUGGCAUCCCCUAAUUCCUUAGAUAACCGCAGUUCCUGGUCCGGUAGCGCUAUGACGCCGUUCGGAAGUAAGCCACGGGGCCUUCGCAGCAACACAAACAGAAGUCGGCGGUCUACUACCUCGAGUGGAAAAUCCCCAGCUAGCAUGUUCCUGUCCAUGUGGAGUAGCGGUCCAGAGCCAGAGCCUACUCCACAGCCCGACGAUGAAGGUCAGAUGGUCGGGACGGAGUACGUGCUUGGCAAACCGAUAGGCCAUGGAGGAUUCAGUACAGUGAAGGAAGCAUAUAAGGUGGAGGAGCAUGGAGAGCCACGACAAUUGGCCGUCAAGAUUGUGAAGAAGCAAAUAUCGGAUAAGAGCGAAAGAGAAAACGAUGAAGUUCAGGCAGAGUUUGACCACGAAGUUCGAGUGUGGCGGUAUCUCAACCAUCCCAACAUCCUAACCCUGGAUGCUGUUUAUGAAACGGACUAUGCGACAUUCUGUUUCACCAAAUACGCUAUCGGUGGUACUCUAUUCGAUUCGAUCCGCCAAAACCGCAAUGGUCUGGAGACCAGUCUCGCAAAGAAGUAUACCUACCAACUCGCAUGUGCGCUGCGAUACCUACACGAAGAUGCACGGGUAGUGCACAGAGACAUUAAACUCGAGAACUGCCUUCUCGAUCCAGUCGAGGGCACGCAAACGUCAAACCUCGUCCUCUGCGAUUUCGGUAUGGCAGAGUGGAUGGCAACGGACAACGGUCCAGAUUCGCCAGACCCAUACGACGACGAUGCAGACCGCCCACCACCAAAGACCAUUGGACCUGCGGAGUCAAGUACCAGCAUUGCCGGAAGCUUGGAAUAUGCCUCUCCAGAGUUACUACAAUCCUCCAACGGGGUCAUCGAUCCCGUCGUGGACAUCUGGGCCUUUGGAGUCAUUGUGUUCACUGUUGUUGUCGGCUCACGGCCGUUUCAGGAUGCUUUCACGCCUCGCGUCCAGGCAAAUAUCAUCGCCGGUAAAUGGGAUCAACAGUCGGUGCUGGGAGGGUUUGACGACCCGAAAACUCGCCAAGAUCGAGAGGAUGCGCUCGAGCUGAUCAAAGGCUGUCUCGAGAUGAAUAUUGAGAAGCGUUGGACGAUUCGAGAGAUUCUGUCGUCACGCUGGUUGGACGGAUUUUCAGAAUGCAGUUCGCCAAUUCCUUGGAGGCUAUAAGUGCCUCUCUACUUUUCUCUCUUUUCCCUGAAAUUUCACAUUUUCCCUCUGCAUCACCCUCACUCUAUCUUUAUGUUGUUUAUGACGAACGGGCGCUGGUGUUUGGGAUUUAUGGGAUGAUACCCUUACGAUAUUUGACCAUUUCACGUUUCGAUUGUUCGCAUGCUUGAUGUUGAAUUAGUUCAUGAUUUUCAUUCUUAUGUUACUUUGAUGAAUUCGGGUUUUAUGAUGACUACGGUGACGAAAGCGUGGUUAGGCAUGGCGUUUGAUGGGAUUUCUUUUUUUUUUUUUUUUUUUUUUUUUUUUUU